UUGCUCUAAAACCUCCGAUUCAUUCAGAGUCCCGCCUCUAAUUGGAGGUAAAUUCAGAUUUCUGUAACCCCGCCUUCAGCACGCUCCCGUGUCUCCCAAAGACAAGUGUGUUUUGACGCUGAAACCGAGCACAGGGUCUGUGCUUCACGCUGGACUAUAGAAGCAUUAUAUCAAGAGUUAUGGAAAACUGAGCCUCCAGUAAUCCAGCACGGUGCCUGUCAACUCUUUAUGCAUCUCCAACCACCCCUUACUGCGUUCAAACUACUUGAGUAAAAAGAGGGAGGAGCCGCUCAAAUCAACUUCAGUUUAUAUCUUAUCAUAAGAAACCAGCGCCCAACUGCUGUUACACAGCUGCUCCUCUGAGCCGAAGUUGUCCGAUCCAGCCGAAUUUGCCACAUAACAGCGGCGCGAUGGGGGAUUUGAUCUCAACUCAUCUGGAUGAAGGCAAACGGGAGGUUAUAACAGCACGGACAGGGGAGCUGAUGGGAGAUUUUGGUCGGCUAUAUGAACAGCAGUAUGCAGUCGCUCUCUUUAACCAGAUGCGCUAUGACAUAGAGGGUGGAGGAGGCCCUCAGCCUCAGCUCCUGCACAGGAAGGUGCCUCUUAAGAAUAAGUCCAUCUUCUCAGGGGCUUUGUUUCAGUAUCUAGAAGAGAACAAAAAAUGGAGGAAUCGUUUUCUCUUUAUUCCAGACUCCUAUAACAUCAACUAUUAUGAAAACAAACAGGCCCAUGACAGAGGACUGCAUCCUAAAGGCACAAUUAACUGUGCUGGCUAUAGGGUCUUGACCUCUAUGGAGGAAUAUCUUGAGCUCCUUAACACCAGCCUACCAGGUGUAAAAGCUAAAGUUGGCAGUUCUCCAUUCCUGAAAUGUGCGACACAGUUUCCCCUCAUCCUCUGGCACCCUUAUGCUCGUCACUACUAUUUCUGUGUGGUGACUGAGAAGGAGCAGCAGAAGUGGAACGCUGUAUUUCAAGACUGUGUCCGACACACCAACAAUGGACUGCCUGAAGAAUGUAAAGUUCAGAUCCCCGCAUUCACAGACGCAGUGCGACUCUAUCGGCAGGCCCAUGGUCAUUAUGGAACAUGGGACAUGAUGUGUGGGACUCCUCCACAGAUCCUUGCCAACCUAGUUAUGGAAACCCUCCUUCCUGAGAUGAGAGACCUCAUCACCCCCAAACUGAAGGGCAAGAUGCAUGAGAGACAGAGGAAUUGGAUGUUGAUAUCAGAUGCGGUGUACGGGCUGGUUCAGAGCCAGGCUCAGGCACAAUAUGAAGCAGUAGUGCAGAGCUGUGAAGCAGGUCGCCCCCCACUGGAAACCAUCAUCCGCACGGACAUGGACCAGAUCAUCACUUCCAAAGAACAUGUAACCAGCAAAAUAAGAGCUCUUGUGCUGCCCAAGGCAGAGAAGCUUCUGAAGGUGAGCAUCCAGCCGUACAUCAGCUCAAUCCUGGAAGCACUGAUGGAGCCCACCAGCAGAGGCUUCUUCGAGGUGCGAGACUUGUUCUUUAGAGAGCUGGUGGACAUGAGCAAGAACCUCCUCAAUGAUGGCAACAAGGAAAAACUCGGGGAGCACAUGGAGAAGAUCUCCAUGCUAGCCUUCCAUCCUGUAAAGAUGCAGAGCUGCUAUGAGAAGGUGGAGACUCUGAGUUUAGAGGGACUGCAGCAGCGCUUUGACGUUUCCAGCCCCUCCGUGUUUGUCCAGAGAGCCCAAAUCCUAAUGCGAGAGCAAAUGGAUGAUGCAGUGUACACAUUUGAGCAGCUCCUGCACCAGAGUUUGGAGGGCCAGGAAGGGGAGGAUCUCUGUAAAACUAUCCAGCGCUGUCAGGAUCGUGUCAUCAAGAAAUUUGACUACGACAGCAGCACAGUUCGUAAGAAGUUCUUUAGAGAGGCCCUUCUGCAGAUAUUCAUUCCCUACAUGCUGAAACAGCUCUCCCCAACAUGCUCUGCUGAACUCCCUCGUUUCCAGGAGCUAAUUUUUGAGGAUUUUUCUCGUUUCAUUCUGGUGGAGAACAUCUUUGAGGAAGUGGUGCUGCACACGGUGAUGAAAGAUAUAAUGAUGGCUGUGAAGGAAGCAGCUGUCCAGAGGAGACACAACCUGUACCGAGACAGCAUCGUUUUGACCAAUAGCGACCCUAACCUUCACCUGCUGGGGGAGAACCCUCCUAUCGACUGGGCUGAAGAGUAUGGAGGAGGCCAAGAGGAGGAGGAGGAGGAUCUAGAGAACGCAGGAGAUCCUGAGGCUCAGAAGAGACGCAGAAUGAAGCAGGUGGUCUCCAUGAUCCAGUUGGAAGGCACCGCCUCUGUGCUGCCCAAUGAGUCGUGCCUGGAAGUGCCCGCCGUGGACAAUAUUCCAGAGGAAGUGACAGAAGUACGUUCAGAUGCCUCAUUAUCCCAAAAUUCAGAGAAGCACGUGCCCAACGGAACCAAGGAGGAUGUGAACAGAAAUGCGGUUGAGGAGAAACCACCAACAAACGGAAGUACGCUAAAAGAGGAAGAAAGCACAACGGAAAAGUCACUGCAGGACACAGAGAGCAAGUCGGCCAUAGACUGUGCCAUACAGGAAAUUGAGAAUGCAGUACAGGAAGAGGAACAUGAGCUCAGGACACCGAAAGCUGCAGAGUCAUCAUCCUCAAAAGAGGAAACUGCAGCUGAGGAGGUAGAUUCUGCCCCAAAUUGCCAAGAAAGGGCACAACUAAACCAAGCAGUCACAAACAAAGAUACACCUCCAAGCACACAGGAGAAGCCUUUAGAUUCACCAGUAACGGAAGUGGAAGUCGUGACGGCAUCGGACCAACAGGAAAAUCACAUUAAGACGAGCACUCAAGACUCCCACAUGGAAAAACCCAUCUCUUCAUCACAGCACGAUGACAGCGGAUUCCAGUCACCCACUAAUGAAGAAGCAGGGGAGGAGCAUCAGAUGGGAAAGGAGGAGUGCAAUGACUCAGAAACAGGAGAAGACACUGGGAAGGGAGAAAGUGCACACAUGGAUCACCAGUGAAAUAUCUUCAUUUAUUGUGUAUUUGUGCCUGUAAAGAGUGAGUAAAUGUAUCACCCACUGAUCUUAAAAGACUUUUGACUGAGUGACAGGAGCUUUUUUUCUUUUUCUUUUCUGUAAACACUUUUGUCUCACUACUCUCUGUAUAGACAUUUAUUGUUCCUGUCUUUUUGCGUGCGCACUGUCACAUUUUUUGCACUUAAGAAAACGUCACUCUUUGAGCUGGGCUCGGUUAUAAACACAUUUUAGGUCAAAAUGUCUUCAUUUUCUGUUCAUAAAUAUGAUAUCAACCUUUAUUAGAUAUCUCAGUUUCCCUUUAGUAGCUUUUCAUUUCUGUGUGUGGUGCAGAAUAACAGACUACAGAAGCAUGAUGCUUUUGAUGCAGUGGAAACCAGCCACAAUAUGCCUCAUGUUGAACUUGAUAGUAUAUGGUGCCUUAUUUAAAUUUGCUUUUGAUACAGUAACUGCCUUGCCAGAAUUCAAACUAUAAAGACACAGUUUUUUUUUUUGUUUGUUUUUUAUGUAGAGGUUUGUUUUAUGCUUGAUCAGCAAGAUGGCUUGUAAAUCAAAGCAUCUUUUUUGACAAUGACAUAAGGAAGUCUGAGUUUUGUGCAAAGGAGACAGUAGCUAGUGAACAACUACUUGCUGGAACACCAAACAAGCUACUUCUAGUUUAAGUGUUGCUUGUAUUGGUGAAGCUGGUGGAGUAAGCAUUAUUUUCUUAAACACUGCCAUCAUUUGUUGAUCUUUUUUCUUUUUUUCCAUGACCAGUUCAAACAAGUACAACUGACCAAGCCAUUUUCCAUAUGGUGCUUUUCCCUUUUUUUUUUUUUUUUUUUUUUUUUUUUUUGCUGCAUGUCACCAUCUUCUGAGUCACACAUGCACUGUAGUAGUUUUAGUUUAUACUGCAUAAAGGUUGUGGGUCCUAGUGGAGAUCUGUGUCAUGU